AUGGGUUCCCGCAGCCAAAGCUUCUUCCACCACCACCACCACCAUCGCAGCUCCAUGGUGCCGGCUACAGUGCCGAGGCUGUUGCCCGAGAACGGUAGCCUGCUGGGAGGCAUCGCCCAAAUCACUCCCAACCUGUUCCUCAGCAGGGGCAACGUGGCGUCCAACCGUAGCCUGCUGCUGUCCAAAGGCAUCACCUGUGUGGUCAACGCCACCAUCGAGCUGCCCAACUUCAACUGGCCUCACAUGGAGUACGUGAAGGUCCCUCUGGCCGACAUGCCCCACUCCCCCAUCUCGUUGUACUUCGACAGCGUGGCAGAUAAGAUCCACAGUGUGGGCCGUAAACGAGGGGCAGUUCUGGUGCACUGUGCUGCGGGGGUGAGCCGCUCGGCCUCCCUGUGCCUGGCGUACCUUAUGAAGUAUCACCGGGUGUCCCUGGCCGAGGCCCACGCCUGGGUCAAAGCCCGCCGCCCCGUCAUCAGGCCCAACGGCGGCUUCUGGCGCCAGCUCAUCGAGUACGAGAGGAAGCUGUUCGGUAGAAACUCUGUUAAGAUGGUGCAGACGCCCUACGGGGUGAUACCUGAUGUUUACGAGAGGGACCGCAGGAGCCUCGCCCCGUACUGGGGCCUGUGAGGGAGGCUGUGCCAACCAACCGAGGGAUCGAGGAGGAGAAGCGAAGCCCUUCUGCCCUUCUGGACUGCAGGUCCACGCCUGUUCUGGACAGGCGAAGUGAGUGUACAUGUGUGUGAAGCUUAUUUAAUGAACAGUGGUGCGUUUGGACAACGACGGUGCUGCUGUUCGUCCAACCGGUUGUCUCCUUUUAGUCUUUGAGUGGGAACGAGACGACUUCAAGCCCUUCGGACCAGAGGAUCAGAUGGGACCACAGUGAUGUCAGACACCAGAACUAGACGAAAUUCUGAGCGUGGGAGUCGGUGCUGUCUAUUUCUUGGCCUGUAUUUCCAUUUCCAGUGGAUGACAGGCUCUGUGUGAAGGUGUUCGCUGUGCUCGAGACUCUGCAGCUCUGACAGUGAUGUGACUGAAGUCCUUUUCCUGACGUGGUGUCAUGUGGUGGUAUUGUGCCAGUUUUGCAGUAAUUUUUAGUGUUAAGGGCAGCAGCAUGCUCUUAAUUUAUGGUAGCAUUAAAAAGAUAAGUGUACAGAAAAAAAUAUAUAUAAGCAAAUUAUUUUACUGGAAAAUAUUGAUAGUGAGGAGAAAAAAAGCAUAUGGUGCACUUUACCUGAACAUUUAAAGAUGUUAUUAUAUCUACCUUUUUUAAGGUGAACACUGAAAAGAUGUAAGCUAGAAGUCAAGGUUUAGGGAAAGCUCCUGUGUAACACAGGGUUGACUGUUCCGUCCUGUGACCACACUAUGUUAUUGUAGUGCUAUUUGAUGCUGUAUUAAAAAAAUAUCUGCUGCCUCAAGGCAAGUAGUAGCUCCA